AAAAAAAAGACAAAAUAAUAAUAAUAAAAAAAAAAAUCUAAAGUCCUGACUCCGCCGGAGUCUUUCAGUCUUGGCCAUCGCCUCCUCGAGAAAAAUACUUGCGUCUCUCAGAGCCGAUGGUUCUCUAAACAAGAAAUUUCAGGAAUCUGUACAUAUUUCUUGUCCUUCAUGGAACUCAUGAACAUGCGGUGAGCUCUCUCUCUCUCUCUCUCUCUCUCUCGAUCGAUCGAUGAUCGAUCGAUUAUAGUUUAUGUUUGAAAUUCUGACGAGUAGUGACCUUUCUGCGAGUUCUACCUUCAAAUAUGUGCUCCCUUUUUUGUUCCGUGUCAUAAGAUUUCCGUGCACGGUGAUGGUUUGAUUCAAUUUCUGAUGUAAAUUGUCAAUUGGGUUUGUCCUAUAUUGAAUCUGAAAAGAUUAACACAACUGAAUGGCCCCAUAACUCUCAUUCUCUCUGUAGUUGUGUUUGAUUUUUCAUCUGAAUCGGUAAUUGAAGGUCCCAUUGGUUUCUCUUCUCUUAGUUUCCAACUGGGUAUGCUUGAUUUUUCAAAUUGAAUCUGAUUUUUGUGAUCCCAUUGAUUCUUCUAUCUGAAUUCCCUAACUGGGUGUGCCUGAAUGUACCGUUCGAAUCAGAUUUCAUGAUCCCACUGAUUAGUCUAUGUAAAUUUCCAUCUGGGUAUGUUUGAUUACUCUCCGUUUCCCUAUCCAUUGACUGGACUCAUUCUAUCAUGAAAAGUUAUUCUUUUGGGUCUGGAAAUCCCAAGGCCUUUCAUGCUUACCCAAGUGGUGACUUUGAUUUAGAAUCCGGUACCAUCAAACGAGCCAGAAAGCCCAAAAAUUCACUAUUUCAUCCCGUCAAAAUGCUUAAAUCUAUUGGAAAUCGUUUUAAGUACUACUACAAGUUGCACCCAAUGUUGGUUUUCUUCAUUUUCUUGUCAUUUGGGCUCACAGUCAUCGUAAUUUUCUCUCAUUAUGAGAGCCAGUUUCAGGGGGUGAGUUAUUCUAGGAAAUUUAAUAGGGUUUCGGAUACGUAUCCAUUUGCGAAGCUUCGGAAUCUUGUAAUGGUUGCUGGGCAUUCAAUUUAUACAAGUAGUAGUUGUGACAAGGUUGAUAAGGAGGAUUCUUGGUUUUUGGAGUCCUAUCAAAAGCAUCCAGGCCAGGCAGCAACUUUUUUGACACACAUACAGGAGGGAGUAGAAAUUGCCACCAAAGAUAGUGAGGCCUUGCUCUUGUUCAGUGGUGGCGAGACUCGGAAAGAUGCGGGGCCUAGGAGUGAAGCACAGAGCUACUGGACUGUUGCUGAAUCAAAGGGAUGGUUUGGCAAUCAAGAAAAUGUGAGAUGGAGGGCACUCACAGAAGAACAUGCGAGGGACAGUUUUGAGAAUCUUCUCUUUAGUGUUUGUCGGUUCCGCGAACUUACCGGCACAUAUCCACUUAAUAUAACUGUCGUAAGUUACGAUUUCAAGGAGGAGAGGUUUGCACAGCUGCAUCGCUCUGCAAUUCGGUUUCCAGAGGCGAGGUUCUUAUACUCGGGCACCCCAGCUUCUCCAACUUCAAGGGAAGCUGCUUUGAAAGGUGAAGCACUCGUGAGGACUCAAUUUCAACAGGACCCCUAUGGCUGCUUAACUUCACUGAGCCACAAGAAAUUAGGGCGUGAUCCUUUUCACCGAUCAAUCCCUUAUCCUAAUGGCUGUCCUGAAAUUGAAGGCCUGUUCAGAUAUUGCAGUGCAACUCCAUAUCCAGGUUCCCUCCCUUGGGCUUAGCCUCGUUUUUUUUUUUUUUUUAUUAUUUUGAUUUAUGAUAGUAUUAGAACUUCUAAACCAAUAUCAAAUAGAUGUUUUACCCAACAACAAUGCAAAUUCAACUUCCCUUAAAUCAUGUUAUAGCUAGACAGAAGAUGGGACUUGUUUUGUUUUUUCCUUUCUGCUUAUACAAGGAUUGUGUAGAAUCAUUCACAAAGUUAUUUCUCUCUUGAUCAAAAAUCAAAAAUCAAUAAUUAUGUUGGUGUA